CGCAAACCGGUGGACCCAUCCUCGCGAGCCCGUCCAGGAUGCAAACUUUUGCUCACGCACUGGACCGGUCAGCAGAAGCAACGCCCGCGCGGAUGCUUUGAGACUGAAACAUUAGCCACAAACAAACAAGCAAACAAACAAAACAAGACAAACCAUGCUGUUUCAUUUUUCAAUGGACGCACACCCACGUGGAGCUCGGUGCUGGAGCGAACGGCGCGAGGAGAAGGUCCGGCAGCAGCAGCAGUGAUGGGAGACGUGGAGUUCGGCUUUGAGGAGAUGCAGGGGGUGAGGUUGGGUUAUCUGGUCAUCCAGGGCAAGCAGAUGUUCGCGUUGUCCCAGGUGUUCACGGACCUGCUGAAGAACAUCCCUCGCACCACGGUGCACAAGCGCAUGGACCAUCUGAAGGUGCAGAAGCACCGGUGCGACCUGCGCCAGCUGCGCAAGCUCAAAGCCCUAAACUCGGUGGCCUUCCACGCCGCCAAGUGCACGCUCAUCUCCCGGGAGGACGUGGAGGCCCUGUACGUGUCCUGCAAGGCGGAGAGAGGCGGCGGCCAGAGGAGGGCGAGAGAGCGCGAGGAGGAGCGCAAGGAGGGGCCGGUGUGGCCCGGCUGGAGCCCGGCGGAGCGCGCGCUGCCCCGGCUGUACGGCGCGGCGUUCGCGCACAACCAGUGCAGCAAGACGAGGCGGAGGCGCCGCUGCUGGAGCAGACGUAGGGGCGCGCGCCGGCUCGUGCUGCUCCCCGGCUGCUGCGCGGAGAGCUGCUGCAGCAGCAGCGACAGCGAGUCGACGUCCAGCAACAACAACGACUCGGACUUCGGCUCCAGCUUGUCCUCCAGCAGCUCGAGCGGCAUGAGCACCAGUACCAACUCAGGCACGACGGACGACGAGGAGGAGGACGACGACGACGACGACGACGAUGACCACCAAGAGUGCGUCUCGUGCUCGUCGGCCGACGACAGCAGCGACGAGGAGGACAGCUCGUCCAGGUCCGACUCGAGCUCGGCCAGCAGCCGCGUCUCCUCGCAGAGCAUCCGCUUCAGGCGCGCGCGGCUCGCCAAAGCGCCCCUGCUCCUGCAGCCCACCUUCCGCUACCGGGAGAGCGAGCGAGCCAGGGCGCUGCGGCAGCUGGACGCGGACGUGGCGAGCUGGAGGAGGGCGGUGGGCAGCUGCUUCUCGGGCAGGCCGCCUCCGCACCUUCACUUUCCUCACCAGCCAAAGACGAGCGGAGUUGGGGCGGUGGGUUUCCCCUACAUCGGCUCCCCCAGCGCCAACGGGACGCAGAGGAUCCUAGGACUUUCAAACAGAUUCCACUCCCUGGUUUCCAGCCCAGAGCGGGACAAAGACAAGCCAAGUGCGCACCACGGCGCUUUCGCGGAGUGCAAACUGCCCAGCCCUGACCUCAAAGUGGCCCUCCGAACGGACGACAUCAAGACAGAAGGCGAGGAGAACGGCCACGAAAGCAGCGCUCCGUUUCCCUUCAACCACGUCAAAAUCAAAGUGGAGGACCCUCUGGACGACUACGAAUAUGCAAGCCAAGGCCUCGCCGAGUACUGCAAGAGCAACGGCCUGGAUGUAGAAAAGGAGCACUGCAAAGCGACCUCUCCUCCCCCUCCUCCAAACCAGGAGCCCUGCAGUACUUUAAACGCUCACUGCGCCGAGAAAGGAGAGUGCAGGAACGGAGCGAGGGUCAGGAAAAGCCACAGGGUCCCCGUGUGGGGGAAAAAGACGGAAAGCGCGGCCAAAGCGGGAGUUAAAGCGGACAGGAGUCCUCACUGCGCCAGCCACGAGGGAUCCGGCGAGGAGUGGACGAACCACGGCAAGCGCGGGCGGCCCACCAGCGGCCUGAAGAGGCCCUUCAACUUCAUGGCGAAUUUCCCCUCUCCGCCGUCGCUCAUCGUCGGCAACGAUGGCGAUCUGAGUCCCGCGUACUCUCUGAGCUCCUUCAGGAACAAGCAGCUGCCCCACUGCUCGCACCCCGUGUGGACAUGGCAGCUCGGUGCUUGCGUUGUACCUCCCCCUCUGAGCCAGAGACUCAGGAAAACAAUCCCUUGAACCGGUGUUUCAAGAGGGGUCUUAAAAAACUGUGUCAGGCUCUGGUUUGCUCUUUGCAGUGCUGCAAAACCCCAUUAGCAUUUUUUUCAUUACUGUCAUUACGAUUAAUAUUAUCAUCGUGGUUUUGGGACACUGUGGAAUACAUUUCAAUAAGCUUCCCCAUCGAGUGACGUUGGAUUGUUUUGCUUUGGCAAAAAAAAACCGAGUGGAUUUACGCUUACAGGUUUGCGUGGAUGGGAUUAUAAUUUGGUGCCAACAUGAGCAGGAACGACUAUGAAAAGCUCCAAAACGUAGAAUAUGUACGUUGGCCUUUCCAUUGUGAGUCUAUAGGUUGUUGUAGGGUGAUUAUUUAUUUAGCCCAGUUGUUGGUGCAGCCCACCACAGUAAGCCUCAACACAAAGACCCCAGCCCUGCAUUACUGACAAUCAGGAGCGGUUUGAUUUGCACGAGGAAACCUAAAAAAAAAAAAAGAAAUAAGAAUAAUAACAAAUGAAAAAUGACACCAAAUCGCCGUUAUGGUUAUGAUUAUGGUUAUGGUUCUGGCCAUGGCACACGCGGUAAUAGUUUGUGGCACCAGUUGAAGCACAAAUUCACCAUGCAUUGCACUUUGACACCAUGCUAAGGCUCAAAAGGAUCGACUGAAAGAUCUCUAGAUAGAUAAAAAGAAGUAAACAAAUAAACGAGCCAGCAAACGUAGCAUAUCCUCGAUUUUUUUUUUUUUUUUGCAUGUUCAUUAGUUCCAUUUCUGGUCUGUAGGGUUGGGUGUGAUCCUUCUUUUGUGAAGCCUCAACAAGAAAUACAACAGCCCCAGAGUUUAUGCAAAUGAUAGCGUUAAAAAAAAAUACCACAUUUUUGAACAAUUCCGGACGUAAUUUUUGCUCACGGAUUUAUUCCUCUUGAUUCAUUGAUUGUAUUCUCAUUUCCUGCGGAAUGAAGCUGGUCUGUUACCUGGAGCCACUAGAGAGAGAGAGAGAGAGAGAGAGAGAGAGACUCUGUCGUCUCAUAUCAAAGAAAACUAACGUUCAGGUGUUAAGUUGGUGUUCUCUUUUUUCCAUGUAAAUGCUUGUGAAUGUACUGUUGUUUACCUUAGAGCCAAGCAGAAGGCCCUGUAAAGCAACGAACCUCAAGAGCAAGGCCACAAAGGACUGGGCUCUGAACACGAGCGUGGCCUUUGCAUACAUUCUGACUUUCUCCAUCACAACAACAGAAAGAGAGAAAUGUCCAAUGCCAAUGACUAGUUAGUGCUUUAUUUAUAGCGGUUGUUUUGGUGGUGGGCGAUUUCGCGUUCUUGGCCUUCGUGUUUUUCCUGUAGUUAGGCUUCUGAAGGCCUAGUAGCCCAUAUGAGUUGCAAAAGGACCUGCAGCGAUUAAAAUUCUGUUGUUGUUGUUUUUUUUUUUCUAAACAAGAACUAUUUUUAUGAUGGGACCCUGUAAUGUACCCUCUCAGCCUCCCGUGUCAAAGUGCACUGUGAACUGACUCGGCGACUGGAGAAAAAAAAAAAACAUAAAAAAAGGGAAUUUCAGUUUCGCCACAUUAGAAGUAGAAUGUAAGACUGACACAAAUAGUAAUGUAUGAACGCAGAAAGACUCCACGUAGCCUAGGCCUUUCUAUGUAAAUGGUCGAGGUGGGCGUCCUCUUUUCUACCCCUCUACUUUUGCUGCAGAAUACUUGAGGUCAGGUUUUGACAUGAUUUUUUUUUAGAAAAUAAAAAAAACUACGAAAAAACAAAGCAAAAAAAUUGAAGUCACUGGUUGUUUAUAAAUGCAUAUUUAUUUUUGUGAUUUUUUUGUAUACCAUUGUUGUGUAGGAUAAAUGCACUCGAAUUGAAAACUUGAAUGGUGGAUUCUGAAGCACUUUCCUUUUGAAAUACUCAUUAAAAUGCAUUUGAGUGUA